AAUAAGUUCAUUCACACCUCUGAGCUCUCCCUCCAUCCCUCCAUCCCUCGCCCUCUCUCUGUUCAUCCAUGUCUCUCAGUUGCUGCCAGUCCAGUUAAAUCCCAGUACAGAGAGUUCACUGUGAGAACUGGGAGAGAGAUUUACUGACCAGAGUUCACAUCUAAAACAUUCGUCUGUGCAGAGGAGGGAGGGAGUCGUAGUUUCAUCCACGCUGUGAGGCUGACGGACGCUCAGCUGAAGGUCUGAUCGAAGAUGAACUUGGCUCUGAUCCACGACAGGCUGCAUAUUAAGUCGUUCUGGGAGAAGAGGAUUAACGCCGACUGUCAGUACGCUGAGAACGAGGAGCAGAGGAUGAACAAGAGUGCACUUAAAAAGCUGAGGGGGGAGUGGCUGGUCCGUCUGGAGAACCGAACCAAACACCUGAAGAACCUCAACGACAACUAUGUGAGGAAGGUGAACAUGGACGAGGCAGCGGACCAGACAUGAGCAGGGAAGAAGAUGCACCUUAAUCCUGAGAGAAAAGACUAACUAUGUUCAUCCUCCUGUUUAAAUAAAGUGACUUUUUUGGAUCGGC